UCCGUUUCCGCUUCCGGAAGUGCGAUGUUUUUUUAAGUCGCGCCGUAAACGAAUUCGUAAAUUGGCUCUCGUGUUGUUUAAAUGUAGUUUGCAAAGACGGCACGUGUGCUAUCUGUUUUUAGACAUCGAGGAUCAUGAGCAACAUUUACAUUCAGGAGCCCCCAACGCACGGGAAGGUGCUGUUGAAAACAACGGUGGGCGACAUUGACGUGGAACUAUGGUCCAAGGAGACUCCAAAAGCAUGCCGGAACUUCGUUCAGUUGUGCAUGGAGGGUUAUUACGACGGCACCAUCUUUCACAGGGUGGUCAAAGGCUUCAUAGCUCAAGGAGGCGACCCGACCGGCACCGGCGAAGGCGGAGAGUCGAUAUAUGGAGCUCCUUUCAAGGAUGAGUUCCACACUCGUCUGCGCUUCGUGCGCCGCGGCCUCGUUGCCAUGGCGUCGGGAGGCAAAGACGACAAUUCCAGCCAGUUCUUCUUCACUCUCGGCGCUUGUCCCGACCUGCAGAACAAGCACACCGUUUUUGGAAAGGUGGCCGGAGAUACCUUGUACAACAUGUUGAAAUUAGAAGAAGGAAUCGUAGAUCCCAACGAGCGACCGCUUCAUCCUCACAAGAUUAUCUCGGCGGAGGUCCUGGCAAAUCCGUUCGAAGACAUUGUGCCGAGGCAGACGAAGAAGAAGUCGCGGGAGGAAGGAGGGAAGAAGGAGAAGGUUUCAAAACCUGGCACAAAGAACUUCAAACUGUUAUCUUUUGGAGAAGAAGCAGAAGAGGAGGAGGCUGAAGUUGACGCUGUCGUCAAGCCUCGUCGCGGGCAGAGCAAGAGCAGCCACGACCUGACCGACGACCCCCAGCUCAGUUCCGUGCCUGUGGUCGAGGCCAAGCGCAAGGCUGACUCUGAGGGUGAGGACGAUGAAGAUCGAGAGGAGAAGAAAGAUCCAGCAAUGGUGGAGCGAAUACACAAACGGUUGAAGAAAGACCAACCCAAGGUGUCGCCGGAGCCGGAGGAGCGGAACUUCUUCAACGACGAGAGGAAAAAGGCGUCCGACAAGAAAAUCGGAGAAAUCCGCAAGGAGUUCAAGCAGUUGCUGAAAGACAUGAAGUCGGAGGACGAAGCACGAAAGAAAGCCAAGGAAGGCAAUGCAGAGGAAGUCAAGGAAGAGAGUGAGGAGGAAACAGACAACAGCCUCUUGGCAGAACUCAAAGCCGAGCGAAAAAAAUAUGCUGCCAGACGCCAGGGCCUCAAAGGGUCCGAGAGGGAACAACAGACUCUGGCUUUGCUGGAAAAGUUUCAGAACAAGAUGCAGUCAGUUCAAGAGAAACACACAGAAAAGGGUGAAGAUAAAUCGGAGGAGGAAGGCAGUGACACGGAAGAUUGGCUAGCGCACGAGUUGCACUUUGAGGAGCAAGGCCCCAAAGUGGCCAAAGAUGCCAACAUUCGGUCCGAAGAAGCCUUUGAACUGAGCGACCCCAGGAACCCCAUUAAUGAGCGACGCAGGAAGAAACCCAGAGAACACAGAGAACAUCGCAGAGACUCUUCACAUAGAGAGCACAGAAGUCGCAGAGACUCCAGGAGGUAGCGACUGGCUAUGGCUGUCACAUGCGUAUGUGAUGUAAAUAGGAAGACAGCGGCGGAAAUAAACUGUUUUUAUAACGAUA